CUCAAAGCUAAUUGCACGAUUUUGUUCAAAUCUCCGUCUCUUCUUUCUUCUUUUUUGUCAAAUUCGAGACUUUUUCCAUUCACAUUAUUUUAAAAAAAAACUCAAUAAAAUCUGUCUGUCCAAUUUGCAAAGUCAACUCUUGUUUUGUAAAAAAAAAAACACAACAACAACAAAUUUGUAAACUAUAUAAUAAGGAUCCCAAUUGUCGUGGAAGAGAUAGAUAUCAAAAUUAGAAGAGGAAAGAUAGAAUCGAAGCGAAUGGAGAUAGAAGAAGCGAGACGGGGUGAAAGUGGGCAUGUGGUGUGCGGAUCAUGGAUUCGUCGUCCCAAGAAAGUCAACUGGGCCAUCAUCGCCAGAGCUUCCAAACGCCGCGGCUCCUCCUCUCCUCCUCUCCUCAACAUCUUCUCUUUCGAUCCCAUCACCACUUCCCUCUCCUCCUCCCCCUUGGCAAUACAUGAGCUGAAGGAGAGUGAUGGUGAUCCUGUAGCAAUCUCGGUGCAUCCUGGUGGUGAUUAUUUUGUUUGCUCUACCUCCAAGGGUGGUUGCAAGUUGUUUGAGAUCGUUGGAGGAGCAAUGUGUGUUACCAUCUUAGCCAAAGAACUCCCUCCUCUUCAAAAUGCUGGACUACAGAAAUGUAUGGCCUUUAGCUUUGACGGGUCUAAAUUAGCUACUGGAGGAGUGGAUGGGUGUCUCAGAAUCAUGGAGUGGCCAAACCUAACUGUGAUUUUGGAUGAGCCCAAGGCACACAAAUCCAUCCGGGACAUGGAUUUUAGUCUUGACUCAGAGUUCUUAGCAACAACAUCAACUGAUGGAUCAGCUAGGAUAUGGAAAGCAGAAGAUGGUUUUCCUUUGUCAACUUUGGAGCGUAGUGGGGAUGAAAACAUUGAACUGUGCCGGUUCUCUAAAGAUGGGACAAAACCUUUUCUGUUCUGUGCUGCUCAGAGAGGUGAUGUUCCUGUGGUGAAUGUUUACGACAUUAGUACAUGGAAGAAGCUUGGGUUCAAGAAGCUGUCAAGGAAGAGUGCAUCGACAAUGGCAGUGAGCUUGGAUGGCAAAUAUAUUGCUUUGGGUGGCAAAGAUGGAGAUAUAUCUGUCGCUGAAGUUAAAACAAUGGAGAUCUACCACUACAGCAAAAGGCUGCAUCUUGGUCAAACCAUUGCUUCACUUGAGUUCUGCCCUAGUGAAAGGGUAAUGCUGACAACAUCGAGUGAAUGGGGUGAGAUGGUGACCAAACUCACUGUACCAAAAGAGUGGAAAGAGUGGCAGAUAUAUGCGCUGUUGUUUUGCUUGUUCAUGGCGUCAGUGGUACUUGCAUACGUGUUCUUCGAGAACUCAGAUUCGUUUUGGAAGUUACCAAUGGGGAAAGAUCAGAGAAGACCAAAGAUUAGUCUUUUUGGAGAUUCAUCCACUACGCCUGCUGAGGAUCAUAAUAAGUGGAACUUGGACCUAUAGAUUGAAAGAGAUUUAUGUAACUCCACACGAGACGUUUCCUGUCUUUUUUUUAUUUUUAUUUUCGAAACUUCACUGCAUGUUUUAUCUUCUUCCUUUCCACCACAGCUCUAAUGAUUCUGAUUUUUUCCU